AGGCUUUGUUGUGAAAUCUGUGUGGCUCCUGUUCUGUGCUGUAGCCUUGCUGUAAAGUGAGCGGCAGCAGUCAGCAGGAGAAUCCAGGAAUCUGCUGUAAGGGAGGGGAGCGAGCGCAGAAGCACAGCUAUCCGAAUCAUGGCUACAGAAAAAAUUAAUCCAUGUACUGGCUCUACGCUACUGCAGCCUAUUAGCGAUCUCAUCAACCUCCCCAUAGACCAGGUUAACUUCGUAGUUUGCCAGCUGAUCGCCUUGCUCACAGCAAUUUGGUUCCGACUUUAUCUCCAUCCAAGCAAAACCAGCCCUUUUGUCAGACAUUUUGUGGCAACUCUUCUGGGGUUUUAUUUUGCACUAUUUUGCUUUGGUUGGUAUGCCUUACAUUUUGUUUUUCAAAGUGGGAUUACAUACAGCAUCAUGAUCUUAGCAGGAGCGGAACACAUGCACAAGUAUUGUUUUGUGGUUGCUCUGGGGUACCUCAGUCUUUGCCAGGUCACCCGAGUCUACAUCUUUGAUUAUGGAAUGUAUUCGGCUGACUUCACCGGCCCAAUGAUGAUAAUUACACAGAAGAUCACAAGUCUGGCAUUUGAAAUUCACGAUGGACUGGCACGGAAAGAUGAGCAGCUGACGUCAAGUCAGAGAAGAUUAGCUGUAAGGAGGAUGCCAACCUUGCUGGAGUAUUUCAGUUACAACUGCAACUUUAUGGGCAUCCUGGUCGGGCCUACAAGCUCCUACAAGGACUACAUAGCUUUCAUUGAAGGCACAGCAUAUCACGUAAAAUACUCAGAGACCAACGGCAAAGAGAAUGGAAAGUGUAAGCAGAGUGAACCUUCACCGAAGGUGGAGGUGAUUCACAAGCUGUCCGUCUGUGUGAUAUCUCUGCUAGUUUACCUGACUGUCUCGAAAAGCUUUUCUGUGGAACGCAAUGUUGACGACGCCUUCAUUGCAUCAACGCCGUUUUACACCCGGGUCAUCUACCUGUACUUGUCCAUGCUGACCACCAGACCCAAGUACUAUUUUGCAUGGACACUAGCGGAUGCUAUCAACAAUGCAGCAGGAUUUGGCUUUAAUGGCUACAACAAGGACGGGACGCCUCGCUGGGACCUGGUUUCAAACAUCAGAAUAACAAACAUUGAGUUUGCCACAAGUUUUAAGAUGUUCCUUGAUAACUGGAAUAUACAGACAGCACUCUGGCUUAAAAGAGUCUGUUAUGAGAGAUGUCCGUACAACCCAACAGCAGCAACCUUCUUGCUGUCAGCGAUCUGGCACGGAGUGUAUCCCGGAUAUUACCUGACGUUCUUAACAGGGAUCGUAAUGACGAAAACAGCACGGGCAAUAAGACACAACGUGAGGCAGUACUUCCUCUGCUCUUCUACACACAAAUUAAUCUAUGAUGUCAUAACGGGGGCAGGGACUCAAAUUGCUAUAAGCUACACAGUGGUACCCUUUGUACUGCUCUCUGUGCCACCUUCUCUGAAGUUCUACAAGUCAUGUUACUUCUGCCUGCACAUCAUUUGUUUCUUGGUGAUAACGAUUUUAUCAUUGAAGCCGAGACAAAUACGAGACAAACCGACAGAGAACAGCCUGCACCAGGAGCAUCUGCAGGGAGGACUAGUUGCAAACCAUAGCCAUUUUGCCAUGGAUAACAACAGCAACCGGAAACGGAAUGCAACAUGAGGAUAUGGACCCUUUCGACAGGGGACGAGAACACUGGACAAGUGCAGAAAAUCAUUUGUUUUUUUUUAAAGAAAUUUAGAAGAAAAAAAAAAUUAUAGUAAUAAACCCUUCCAGUAAGUAGCACUAUGGAGAGGGAAAGUAAUUGCUUGAUGAUUUAAAAUCAAAUAGCAGAGUGAAGCUGACACAGAUAACUGAAAAAAGAGCAAUGUGGAACAAUGCAAACUUAAAAUAAUAAAUAAAUAAAAUGAUUAAAUAAAUAAUAGUAAUGUGGUCUAAUCAAAAGAGCCAGUAUGCAAAAUGUUUUACAGUCGCCUUAAACCCUCUAUCUACUUAACCGGUUCACAGAUUGACAUUCAUUUACAGUGUCAUAAGGUUCCUUUGAUGGCGAUAGUAGCAGAACUCUUUAGGUAGAUAGACAAGCAGCAGUCUUUUCUGAAAGGAAGCCGUCUCCGGAAGAUAACAGUAUUUAGAGGGUUUUUGUCUGUGUAAAAAUACAGUAAAACCUCUCCAGUAAAAAAAAAAAAAACAAACAAAAAAAAAAAAAACCUAUUUUUAGUCUUAGCAAAUGUACGUGCCAUUUUGAUUUAACUCCGUGUUCUGUUCUAAAGCAUAGGUAGUGUCUGUCUUUCUCUUUUUUUUCCGUUUCCUCAAAAAUGGAUGUUAUUAGAAAUAUGGGUGUGAAACACAGGAGUAUACUGUAUAGUUUUCAUGCCAGCCCUUCCGCUCAUACAUUUUAAGGGCUCAUUAUUCUUUUUUUAAAUCUAUAUAGUAAUCAUUUAUUCCCAGAUUCAGUUUUAAAGUUCAUUGCAGGUUUCUUCACGGUCGGAAGCCUUGGUUGUAACAAUUUUAGCUGACGCGUUGGAGCAAAUGGAGUUUAUCAUGACCAACCCAUCAUGACCCUAUCAAAAGGCAGCCUUCUCCUCCCAUUGUAGCUUUCCUGAAAUGUUCAGACCGAAUGAGAUUAGGUGCUGACUGACCCAAGGUUGCGUGUCAGGGGAACGAGGUUGCAGUUUGAUAGGUUGUUCAGUGUCAUACAGUGGGGAGUGGGGUCAAGGUAACAAGGUCAGUUACAGUCUAAUUUGUACAUGUCCUACAUCAUCCGUAAUUACUUGAGACUGUUUCGACCCAGUUCCCAGUGAAUAGGUAUCCAAAACACAGUAAACACUAUCUUUUUUUGGAGCUGUGUGGCAAGCAGUGUUUUUGGAAAAAAACAAAAAUAUAUUUAAUGUAUGCUGAUAUAUACUUUAAGUGAUUACUAAAAAUACAUACAGUAAUUAUAAUAAAAACAAAGUGAAUAAUAACCCUCAUAACAUCUGUGGCCCUGUGCACUCUUUACUAGAAGAGUAAACAAAGACUAAUUGGAAAUUGCAUUUCCUGAACUAACCUGCAAUCAAUUUCAUGAACUUGUUUUGUGUUUGUUUUUAUGUUACAUAAAAAGUGUGGUGUUCUUUUUUUUUUAAUAUCCACAAAAAAGGGAGACAUUAUAUUGCAAAUAGGAUAAACUGCUGGUUUUAUUUGCAUUUUUAAAAACACUUGCAUGCUUUUUUAUGGUGAAACAAAAUCUGUUAAGGGAUGGAGAGUUGGUGCUAUUCCAGAUAAGUGGAGAUUUGCAAAUAGACCUGCUGCAAAUACUCCUUUUGAAUGAGGCACAGUGCCAGCUAGCAGUUCCAGAGCCGUGCUGAUUCCUAUAAUGAAUGCAGAUAUCUAUAAUGAGAGACCUUCAGUAAUCAUUUUCUUCAAAUACUCCCCAGAUAGAUAAAAUGAUACUGUAAUAAACCCUUAAGAACACUGGUGCAAAUGAUUUGUCCAAGCGUUUUUUGGCAUCUAAGCUCAUAUACAGAAGGAAUAUGUUUCUAAUGUAACACAAAGUUCUAAAUGUUCUGAAUUGACUCAAUCAGAUGUGAUGGGGUGGUGGAAAUACAUUAAAACAUACAGCUAUGAAAAUGUAGACUAAGCAACAUUUAUACUUUAUCUCUCUAUUAGAAACCACUUAUAAUUAAAAAAAAAUACAAAUACAUGUUUAUUCCAAUCAAGCUUUUUGACUUGGUUGACUGGCAGCUACCCAGUAGAGUAGUGAGAGGGUCUCAACUGUUGCCCAAGCAAGCAAUUUGCGUCACUGUUUAAGAAAAUUAUAUUACAUGGCAACUUACCUCUCACGGGUCAAAAAUGUUUCUGAGGCCCUCUUAAUAUAAAGAGUGAAACAACCAUUACAUUUUAUUUCCAAGUAAAAUAUUCUGAUGGUCCACUGUUAUCCUUACUACUUAGCUGUACUGAAAUAUCGAUUGAAAAUACUUUUUGUUUUCUUUUUCUGUGUAUUAUUUAAAAAAAAAAAAUUACCAUCUGUAUAGCAAGUGAGUAGUAGUGCUUCAGAACAUCUAGACUGGUUCCAAGAUUCCCUGUGCUGUUGCUAGGUGAUAAUGACCUUACCUUAGCAGGCCCAAUGUGAGAUGCAGUUUGUUGUGAUAAUGUCCAAGUUACAGCUUCAAGAUAUAAGAGCUUAUCAAUGCAAGUUCCUUCAGUAAAAAGUGCCAAACUAAGUGUCUAAUCAGGGUGUGUCCAGUUUAAAGAAAAGAAACUAAGCUGAGAGAAAAAUAUAUAAUUUAUUUACUGACCUAAUAGUAAAAAAUAUCAGCAAAGAAGAAAACUAUUUUUUUAACACCUAAUGAAAUAGAUUUUCAAUUACAAUUUACUUAGUUUUUUGCACAUUCGGUAAAAUAAUAUUACGCAGUGUUAAUAGACUUGCUAGCCAAGUGGUGCAAGGACAUGAGAAACCUUA